CCAGUCUUCAGAGACGCACACAAUCAGCACGCCCGCACGCACGUACGAAGACAGACAGAAGCUCAAGACACAGGCGCAGACAUCAUGGUCCUUGGAUUUGGAGGAAGCAGCAGCGCAGCUGGGCCAGCGGCGUCAGGCUCCUUCUCGUCGCCGCAGCUCGAAGCGGCCGAGGCAGAGCUCGAGAUGGUGACCGACACAUUCAACAAGCUUGUCUCGUCGUGCCAUGCAAAGUGCAUCUCGCAGCGCUUCGCCGAGCCGGAUCUCAACAAGGGCGAGAGUGUCUGCAUCGAUCGGUGCGUCAGCAAGUUUUUCUUGGUGAACAAGGCGGUCGGAGAGAGGAUGCAGGCGCUGGGCGCAGCAAACCAGGGCGCAGGCGGCGGCGGCGGCGGGAGCUUCUUCUAGACGAGCCGUGGAGAUCCAGAGAACGUCACACACCACAAGAAGCAAGUCCGAGCAAACUAGUCCCCGUUUCGAGGCGACCACCAUUCAUCCACCGAUCCUGUCUGCCUCUCCCUGUCUGCCUGUCUGCCGCCUUUCUCUCUCAUCUCUUCUCGCCACCUGUAGCUCUAUCAUAAGCGGACUCGGAAUGUGGAAGUCAUCAGCUCAGGCAUCUGGCUAUCAAUGCGCUCGUAGUCACAAGUGAAACGAGGCAAAGGAUGGACAGCAGACAGG